AUGAAAUCUAACCAAUAAAAUGAUAAAAUUUUAAAAUGUGCUCAUCCAGAGCAUUAAGAAGUUAUUUAGGUGAUUGUACUUGAUCCAACGUUAAUAAAAAACUAAAGACUUUUUUGUAAAACAUGUUUAGAAAACUUUGAGACCAAUCAUAAAACUAUUGGAUUUAAAAAAGUAAUGGGAAUGACUGAAGAAAAUUACAAAAAAAAAAGGUAAUUUAGAGAAAUAAUUUACAAUUAAAAAUUCAAAGAACUUGAAGAGUUGAAACAAAAAUUUAUAAAAUUAAAGAGCUAUAUAAACAGAAACUUAGAUGAAAUAAUAGAAAAUACAGAAAUUUGGAUGAAAGAUUUAACUAAUUAUAAAUUAUAAGAAUUUAAUUUUCAUAAUGAAAUAGAUUGGAUAAUUCAAUAUAAUUAACAAAUUGAAAUAGAGUAAUUAGCUUAAGAAGUUAAUCCUAUAAAUUACAAUCACAUUAAAAAAUUGAAUCAGAAAUUAGAAUAGUUUUCCUCAUUUAAAGAAUAUUCUAAUUGUAAAAAUAUAUUGAAUAACUUACAACCAAAAAAAAUAAAACAAUAAAGGCAAAUAAUAAUAUAAGAAGUAACAAAAAGGGAUUAAGUAAAAUAUAAGGAUUAACAUAAGAAUAGAGACAGAUAAAAAUCAUAACAAAAAGAUGAUAAACUAAAUACUCUUACAAGAAAAUAUUGA